GGUUGUUGGGUCGGAUUUUCCUCACCACCUGUAACCCCGACUAGCAACGUUUGUGGCAACUUCUGCUGUUACAGACGGGUUUUGUUACGUGUGGUUUAAAACAUGUUUUUCGGUCAUCGAAGCGUGUGACGGCAAGUGCAUGCGUCACUGAAACGUCAUAAGAGUCUGGGUGGAAGUUUUGUUGGUGUUCUCACGGAUACAGACAGUCAUUACAGUGGAAUUGGAAGUUAUUAUUUCGUGAGUCUAUUGCGAAACCCUGGAGAGGAGAAGCAUUGUCAAGAGCCAUACCAUGGCGCAGUCACAGACAAUGGACGAUUUUUUCAGUGAGGCUGUGACACAUGGACAUCCAACCGCCAACAAGAAUCUAUGACAACUUUUUCCUACACAGGACAGACGAACUUUGGGCAAGGCUUGUGAACUGUCUCAAGAAUGUCGUAAACCUGUCUUACGACGCAUGUGAAGAGUUCUAGGGACGUUCUCCGUUAGUGUCAUUCCUAACUACUUGCCAAGAGAAGGACGCGAGAAACACAUCAUGAAUGCUGUCACACUUUGCCUCGUCUUUAUGCUGAUAAUGAGAUUGGAAUGUUCAGGUGCAGUGCCGGAUGUGACACUAGUGAACGAGUUUCCCUGGGUCCCUCCUCAGUCCCAGUUUCAGUUCACGUACCUGAAGUGCGUGACGUCACUUCCGCUGGAGUCCUUCCCGUUCGGGAUCGCGGAGAACACGGGGCGUGGCCUCACAUUCACCAUGUGGAGAUUCGCAGGAACCAUUCGCCAACCAGCGGCCUGGCCGGGAAAAGAGGUCAACUUGCUACCCAACGCCAACCUUGACCGAAUAGGGGCGUUCCACUGUGCGGUACAGAGUGGUAUAAAGACGUACUACGUUACUACAAUAAAGAUGUCAACCACAGCGAGUAUUAAGCCCGUAGUCUUUACUAAAACAGUAAAUGCCGGAGAAACAGUCACAUUAGAAAUGCAGUCUGUAGUCAGCAUGAUGGCACCAAUAAGAUGGCGGCACAACAACGUCAUCAUCGCCAUGGCAACCGGUCUCAGUCUGCCAAUCAGAGGCGUCAGCACGUUAGAUGGAGGUGUUUACGAGUGUUACUACGAGGGAACCCGAACUUCGACGACGGCGGACCAGGGGGUCAUGAGAUUGAUAGUCAGAAGAUGUCCUGCCGACCUGUGGGGUCCGAGCUGUCAGGACGAAUGUCCCGGAUGUUACAAUGGCGGCGUGUGUGACCCUGACACGGGAGAGUGCGUCUGUCCUCCCGGGUUCACGGGCGGCAACUGUGAUGAGGCUUGUCCGAGCGGCGUGUUCGGCCAGGAGUGUAACCGGGAGUGUGCCGACCCGAACUGCGCAGGCCGGCUGCUGUGUCUACCCGAUCCCUACGGCUGCUCCUGUAUCGCCGGGUAUCAAGGUCCCGACUGCGACCAAGAGUGCAGGCUGGGUACGUUCGGUGCGGGGUGCACGCAGCAGUGUAACUGUCGGGACGCCGUGCCGUGUGACAGGACGACAGGCUUCUGCGUGGUCGGCUGUCCGCCCGGCUGGCAAGGCAACUCUUGCCAGAAACCAUGUGAUGAUGGCACAUACGGGGACAGGUGUGAAGAAGAGUGCCACUGUGUGGAACCGUGCGACAAGAUCACGGGUACCUGUAACUCAGCCUGUCUACCGGGAUGGAGAGGCGUCACGUGCGGGACACCUUGUCCCCCUGGAAGAUUUGGAUCGAACUGCAUGUCGUUCUGCCGCUGUUUGGACGGGGAAGUUUGCGAUGUUGUGAAUGGGACGUGUCCAAACGGAUGUAGGGCGGGGUGGAAAGGGGACGGGUGUCAAGACGCCUGUGCGACAGGAGAGUGGGGCUCAGGAUGCGAGGGCAGAUGUUACUGUCAGGACAACGUCAAUCACUGUAACCUAGCAACGGGGCCAACGCCCGACUGUCAGUGUGACGACUAUCACUUUGGAGAAGACUGUAUGGAAGAAAGAGUAGCGCCUUUUAUAACUGACAUCACAAACGUGCGGGUGAACCCGGGCGAGGCGACGUUCCUCAGCUGCUCGGCGGCGGGAAGUCCGCUCCCGACCGCAGACGACAUAGUCUUGCGAGACCAAAACGGACAGGUGUAUCCACGCUUUGCUGGAUUUCCCAGAGGAAACUACACCACCAAUUCUUUCCGGCUUCCUUCAACCGACCAAGACACGGAAUACUACUGUGCAGUAACCACAACAUCCGGCUCUACCUUCCAACGGGUGGACUUUACCUUUUACGAACUGCCCAGUUUAACCAAGCCACCAGUGGUCCAACCAAUCAACAUCCACCCUACGCUCGUCCUCGUCGACUGGGCAGCGUGGAAUGAGACCGAAGACGUCGGUGAGGGACCAAUCACGUCGUACCAACUUCAUUUCAAAAAGUCUGAGGACUCUGAUUGGCAGCCAUACGGCGACGAGACUCCAGCAGACCAAUCAAGAGCGACGUACACCAGAAUGGUGAUGAGGCUGGCCUUCUCUACAGAGUACGAUUUUAGCGUGCAGACUUUCCGUGAAGGCAAUAAUGGCGGUGGUCCUUUGGGACCAGCUCUUACCGUCGAGACCAAGUGCAUGGCGCCAACACAGCCUCCAGAAGAUAUCAGGUUCAGCAAUACUGAAGCACGACAAACUACUGUAUCGUGGCAGCUCCCUCCAUCCGAUACCAUCCGCUGUAAGGAAGUUACAAGCUUCCAGCUGCUGUACAAAAUGUCCGGAGACGAACAGUUCACCGCGACGGAAGUGAACGGGACAGAGAGAGAAAGCGUUCUGAUUGGUCUACAGCCCUACACAAGCUAUGACGUCAAGCUGUCACUUGUCAACUCAGUUGGCACCAGCUCUUUUAGCGAUGUGUUUACCGUGAGGACACAGGAAGACGUUCCCGGCCCGGUAUCAGACCUCGCCACCGAGCCGAUUUCGUCAAGCUCCGUACAGAUCAGUUGGUCUGCGCCCGUAAACAAGAACGGCAGAAUACUCGCACACGUGCUGACCUAUCGUCUGUUGUCUGACAGCCAGUGUCCAGGCACUGAGGUGGCCGUGGCAAGCUCUAAGACCCUGCUCUCCCGGACCUCACACACACUAAGCGGGCUGCAGCCGUACUCAACAUACCAGAUCUCGCUGAGCGCACGGACCCUGGUAGGCCCGGGCCCUGAGGUGUCCACUACUGUCACCACGUUAACAACAACACCAAGUGGUCCUCCAGUCAACGUCACGAUCGAAGAUGUCCUCAUCACCAGUGUUCUCGUCUCCUGGUUACCACCCGCCUGUCCUGAGUCGAACGGCGUCAUCACCCAAUAUGGCGUCUCCGUGGUACCACUAGACUCUGGGAACGGGAACGAAGUCCCAGAUGUGAUGACUAGCAACACGCGGAUGAGCGUCUCAGGCCUGAGACCGAGUACCUGGUGUGGCGUCAGAGUCAGGGCGUACACAGAAGUCGGACCUGGCCCGUACAGCCGAAAGUUAACGUCUCCACUCUAA